AUGGGACUGUCUAAAGAAAUGUUUAUUGAUUCUGUUCCUGAUGGUUAUAUGUGUGCGAUUUGUCUUGACGUUCUUCAGGAACCCACCUUUGUCGAGUGCGUUCAAGAACACGCAUUUUGCAGAAGUUGCAUUAACGAGUUAAUUAAAAGCUCGCACGGUCGACUAUCAUCCCCUAGCGGCACAAUCUCGUGUCCAACUUGCCGCGAACGCGUAAACACAUCGAGUCUACGAGUGUCAAAGUUUGUCAAGCGCCUGAUCGGGAGUUUGAACGUGCGAUGUGCGAAUAAAGAGUGUGAUUGGGUUGGAUCGUGUAUGGAUCAAGGGUGGCAUGAGACUAUGAUGCUACCAUUCCAUGUCCAAGCAAAGGAUGCCGUCGUGAAGUUAAGCGAAGAUAUAUGGGUGAACAUCUUAAAAAUUGCGCAGCUAGAAAGCAAAGCUGCGCUAUCAUGUGACGGUAUACUCAAUAUUAUUUUCUGGGCAGAUAUUGAAAGUUAUGGUAUCAUAACGGCGGUGGAAGAGGAAGAGUUUUGA